UAAAAUUGUCGUUCAAGUUGUUAUUUCAUAGUUUGAUUUAGAUUUUACUAAUAAACAAUAAACAGUAUGAUUUUAAAAAAACGCAGCGAUGACUUAUGUGUAUUUGGAAAUUUGAAAUCUUAUUUGACCGAUUAUUUUAAGAUAAAACUUAUAAUGGUUAACAGAUUUGUAUCCACUGGCCCACUGGCAGAUUGCAAGCUGUAAGUGUCACACGUGCUAUAUGUAAAACUAAAAGCGUUCGUGCCGUUUUAACCGUUACAAUGUACUCGAUUCAUCUCGCGACUGGUUCGCGGGUGCUCAGUUAAAGGAACGCGAGAAAUGACAGCGUCCAGUCGCCGACCACUAGGUGAAUUAGACGCACGCGCAUGUACGAUGCUGUUAUUGCUCGCAUGCCUGUUUGCCGCCGCGGCCGCCGCGCCAAGUUACGACCAACGACAGGACGGCAAUUUUAACGUUCAAACGGAUGUACAAAAUGUCGUCUUACUCAUUGGCUUACCAAAGAAAUUACCUUUCGGUAACGUUCUUGGCUAUUUCCUAAGAAACUCAAAGACAGGAAAUGACAACAUACAAGCGCAGGACAGGUCUGAUAACCAUGUUAUGGAAGCCUUCGUGGAACCUAGCACGCCGUAUCGAGUAGAAAUCGGUUCCGAAGGUGAGAGAUCGGUGGAAGGCGACAGUGGUAGCGGGCGUGAUGAAGAGGUAGUUAUCGCGGGUCGGCGGCGUUUAGAAACGGAACCACAACACCAAGAAGACGAAAUGAAGCUCAUAGGAGCGACAGAACAGUGUGGUCCGGAACGUGAAAGAGAUCCAGUGACGCUCACAUGCCGUUUCCGCGAUUCUGCUCCAGAAAAGACGCCUGAAGUAGUUUCUUCUACAGCAUAACAUCGUUCCGUCUAAUUUAUUUAUAUUAUAAGUUAAAUUAUUUGUUACGCCUUAUAUUUGUGAUUAAUUGUAAAUUAUUUU